GAGAUUUACCAACACCACUGCACAAAAGACAGCGGUGCGCCUCACACGCAUCUCUUUUGUUCUGUUUAAAAACGAGAUGUCAGAAAUCAUGCCGCCAUGAUUUGCUCGGAACGUGUGCGCUACGUGUAUUGAGUGACAGGAGCCUUGUGCAACACGCGAUGUGAAUCGAUGAGUCGGGCAGCUGUGGAAGAUGACAGAGGAACCCUGGUGAAAGACGCCGUACCUCAUUGUGUUGUGUUUAUUAAGACGGCGUUUUUGGGUUAACAGAGACGACGCGUUUCGUGCGUAACGAGAGACCUUUGUCAAGUCUGUUCCUUUCUUUUGCACGUCGGUUUAGUAAGACUCGUCCUUUGACGCCGAGCAUCUCUUCAUGUCUUCAGGUUCUCAUUAGGUUGCUCCCUACAGAGUGUGAAGCAAUCACGCAGGAAGACAAUGCUUGUCGUCUUCAGUUUGCUGAUGAGGACACAGCAGGUGUGACUGGGGUUGGGACAGCGCCCUUGUUGAUAUGGUUUGCAGCGAACAGAGUUCUGGCACAUCGGUGCCCAAAAAGGACACCCAGAGCCGCAAGAGGAGGAAAUCACGUCCUCAGGGUCUGCCCUCUCCGGCCCUCUGCUGUGCAUGUGGCUUGUGCAUUAUGUUGGCGGGCAUCAACAUCACCUUAGUGGGCGCCUUCGCUUUUAGCACGCUCGUGCCCUCAAGCAAUCCUCCGAUUAUCAUUGGACCUAUACUGUUGCUGGUGGCGUUCUCAUUCUUUGGGGCUUGUUGCAUUUGCAGUCGGUUGCCUCCUCCUCAAAGCUCUCGUCGGGCUAAAGGAGGUGGGGGUUUGGGAUUCAUGGGCCGAGGAGGAGGUGGGUUGGGUGGAGGUGCGGCGUUUGAGAUCGAGACCAGUGAGCAUACGAUGCAGGACACUACGGCUGUGCAGCUCAGCCCCACCAACUCCCCCUGCUCCUCCCACGCCUCAAGCCCAGGGAGAGAUGCUCCAGCCACUGCUGCCAACGCAACCGUUCCUGCCCCGGAGUAUGUUCCUCCUGCAAGAUCCUGCAAGCUCUUUACUAUGGAAGCCAAUGGACCCAACUCAACUUUGGCAGCGUUUUCUGCUUCAUCAGGAGGUGGAGGGGCGGUCCGGCUCACCUUGCCUUCAGAUUCCGUCGCCACUUAAGGGUGAAACUUAAGGCUGCCCUCCGGAGAAGCGCUGGCAUUAUGUGUAAAUAUGUCUUCAGAUGAAAAGAAUUUAGUUGAUUGUCACGGUUGGCACGAGGUGCAAAAAACAUUGAAAUUUUGACAUCGUUUCAAUGGGUUGGUCUCAGGCUUCUGUGAGGGCCAUGACAUAAAAUUGGCUAUAUGAGAAGCACAUGACCAGCCUUGCGUCGUCUUGUGCUCUCGUAGCGACAGAGAGACAUCUUUGAAAGGUGAAUCACAGUGGCGUGUUCCACAUAUUUGUACUGUGCCACUGUUACUCAGAGCAUUCACAGUUUCUGCGCUCCAAAGAGAUAGAAUCAGCUGUUGUGUAAAAAGGCUUUGGAGAAGAGCCUAAAAGACAGAACCAGUAGCUCAGCAGAGAGACAUUACACUGAGUGUUGCUGUAUGUACAGUCUAUAGUGUUUUAUCAAAACUGAAUUCAGCUGUUAAACUGUCGGAAAUUAAAUUGUUGUAUGUUUUCUUCUUAAUAUGUAGCCUACUUGUUCUUUUUGGCUGGAAGUGUUGUGUUUAAGAGCUUGUACAAACCUGGACGAUAAUCGCGCGCGCUUAUUUCGAGACGUUUUCCAAGCGAUUCAUCUUGCUUCCUCUCAGUCAAUGUGUCCUCAGCAAGACCGUUUGUGCUUGAGCCAAAUAUAAAUAAUCUCAUUGGUCGGACGGAUAUUAACGCUCCACGUCAACCCAAAAUUCAAGCAAGAGGCGUUGAAAAAAUUACGCUUUUAUGCAUGGGGUUUAGCGUGUUAGUGUGCACACUCACAUUGGCGCUCAUAGUUAAGUCACGAGGCGUUAAACGUCAACGAUAAAUGCACGGGAUUAUCGUCCAGGUGUGGACGGGCCAUUAUGAUGAUUUUCUAUGGCCAAGUGUUUUGAUUUUGUCGUCUUUGAAUGCUCAAAUAAGCCGUGACACUGUGUAAAUGCACUGCCAAUUUUGUUUUUGUUUUGAAAGUUUUGGUUAAGCAGUGCCAUAGUUCAGUGAAGGGAAAGAAAACAAACAACUCAAUUUCCACAUGAAGAAUAACACAUUAUAUUAUGAUCUGUCUGGAAAACACACAAUUGUCAGCAAAUGUGGAUAGGGGCAUAUCAGCGUAUCCAAGUUAAUUUUAAAUUAAAUUAUUGUUGCAUUUUGUUUAUUGUUGAGAGUUUUGUCAUUAAUGAAUUGACAUCUUAUUUGACUUUAAAAACGUGAAUUGUUUUAUAAUUCUGCCAAGUAAAACAAUAUCUCUCUUUUUCUUGUAAUUGCCAAAUGCUGUUUCUCCCCAGUAUCUAUGGUCUGUUGUCUUUCAGGCAUUGUUUAUGUCGGUGCUAGUCUUCUGGUAAUUUUGUGACAACAUUAGAAUAUGCUAUGGUUCCUUUCCUUCUGUCUUAUUGUUUCCCAAUUUUUUACUUUGGGCUUUGAAAGCAAGAACCAGGACUGUUCUUAAACAUGCCCUCUAUCACUGUGCUGAUGGUUCAAUAUAAACAGUAAAACUAUUUUCCUUACGUUAAUUCUAUAAGAGAGUUCAGCUAACAGUGACGGCCAUUGAUACUGUCAGAAUUGCAAGCACACUCAACAAUAAAAAAGCGAACGAUAUCAUUCAAUUACCUUACACCACUGCGAAAAGGAAAAUGAUUAAAUUAUUCUUUGUUAAAGAGAAAGCUUAAACUUAUACAUCUCUAAAGUUUGACUUCUGUUAUCAUUUUCAUCAUCUAAAAAUUAGUAAAGGGCUUAAUGUGAUAGUUUAAUGAUAUAAUAAUGUAGUGUUUCCUUUUUUAUUCUGUCACUGUAGUGAUUUCAAUGUUAUUAUGUAUCUCUGUCAUAUAUUUGCAGUAUAUUUCUGUCAAAUGCCUCCGUAUUUUUGUUUAAUACUGAACAAAGUGCAACAUGAACUGCAUGCUUACAAACAGUGCAAUGUUGCCAUGGAAAAAAUAACAUUUCAUUGUUUGUAAAGAGAGCUUUCAGUGUAUGAAGUAUUAGGAAAAGAAGAUAUGUUGGACUGUGGAGCCUGGAAUCAUCAGUAUUUUUACAGACUCAAUGUCAGACUCUAUGAAAUAAUUAUAUCCACCUCUGUUUGUACGCUGCUACAGUAUUUGGCAUUUACACAUUUGCUGUACAGACCCGAAGGAAUUGAAUUCUGCCUUAAUGACUGUGAUCUCAGGAUCAAACCAGUGAGGGCUAUACAAAUGUCCAAUGAGAACAUUUGGUCAUGUGGUAUUACUGCACCUAGAGAGAUGUUUUAAUGUUUAUUUUUCUGUCAGGUGUGUUCUUACAAGUAUUUAAGUGGUAUUUAAAUUGAGGGAGAAAUUCAGUUUGAUAAGGUUUGAUUAAAGCAUUGUUAUUAAUCUGGUUAUUAAUCUGGCUAUGUUGAG